UAACGUUUCACUACGAAUAGAGAAGUAACGACGCAAUAACAGAACAGUUUUUUCCGCCAAAGCGCUAUUAUCUGUUGAACAUCCAGCCGUUAUUUCUGACAUUUUUCCCGCCAAAUAAAGUCUAUUGCUGUGUCAGGUGUUGAUGUUUUACGUUAUGAAGUUGACAAUAGAGUAGUGCAUCUGGGAGCCGUUCUAAAGACACUCGGUAUUAAAGUGAUUCGUUCAUGAUUGAAAAUUGGACAAGAUGACGACUCGUCCUGGAGAUUUAUGGCAAAGACAGAGACGCAGAAGCCGUCAAGCGUUAGCUCCUAUACCUGACAUGUCGCUAUCAAUGGUGUCUUUAGGAUCUCCUCUUGUUAGUCCAAAUAAUAUAAAUAAUAAUCAUGAAGUUAGAGACAGAAUGAGUAGUCCGUGGAAUUCUAGUGUAGCUACAUCAAGUCCUGAUGAAUUAGUCAUUCGAAAACGUGGACGUAGAAGUAAAACAAUUAUUUAUUCUCCAGAAUGUGACUCUAAACGGAAUAGUUUACUCAGUUACAAUCAACAAGAUCGUACACCAACCAAAGGUGACUCUGAACUUCAUUCAUCCAUUAUGUUGAGGGAACAUAGAUCAUUUAGAAAAAGACUUGAAUUAUCUGACGAUUAUAGUGAAUCAAUGUUAACUACUCCAGAAAAGAAAAAUAGAAUGUUGCCUUUUCAUGAAAAUCAAUUUCAUGGGAAUAGUUUAGGUAAUGGAUUGAAAGGGCUGAGCCAAGAGCAGCUUGUUAAAGUGAUUAUGGAUCUAGUUUCUAGACAAGAGCAAGGUAUUUUGUCUUUAAAUAAUUCAUUACGAGAAGAAGUAAUGAAAAUUAUUCCACCUGCUGAUACAAAUCCUCUUCAAGAGAAACUAAGAUCUCUUCACCAAAAUAUAUCAGAUAGUAUUCAAAAUUUUAAUAUUAUUUCUCCUUAUCUACGUGCCUGUUCACAUCUAGAAGCUUAUUUGAAAGCAUUAAAGGAUCAAGGAAAUACAUUGAUGCAGUCACAGCACUGGAUUUCAUUGAUGGAAUACGUGUUUGCAGCUUGGGCUAUUACAAAAAAUCUACCGGUAUGGAAUGAAGACAGUACCUCCAAAAAAUGUUUUGCUCAUCUUAUUCAUUUUUGCAAGCAAGCUUUGAUUAAAGGAAACUUUUCUCAUUCAGCCCUGGAGGUUUAUGCAGAGAAGAUGGAACGUAUGAUUAAUGACUGUGAAGAUAUCAAAAUUUGUCUUCAGAUGAUAAGAGAAAUACUACGGUGAAAAAGUCGAUUUGCAGAAUUUCAUUAGAAUGACAACGAUACUCAGUAUUUUUGACUUAUGUUAAAGAUGUGAAUUCAGUUUUAAGGUUUUUUAUACUGUAAUAUUAAAUAAAUUGCUAAAAUUUUUAUACUUAUCAAUGGUGCAGACUGUUUGAAAGUUGUGGAUAAUGAAUCUAUCUAAAAAAAACUGUGCUAUGAUAUAUCAAGCCAUUAUUUUAUAUUGACUGUUUUAUUGUAACACUAAUAAUGAAUUGACUGGCAAAAAAUAAAUCAUGAUUUAUUCUCUUAAUA